GCGCAGUGAUGAUGCGCUAGAACGCUGUUUGUGUUUAGCUUCCGAGGUCACACAUGACACAACAUCGCGCCAGAAUUCGAUUUACAAAGAAACAAAUUAGCAAAAGUAGUAAAUUGGCGCGUCAGGAACAUAGUAAUGAACAGCCAAAUGGAGCCAGUGGAGCAAGGUGUUCUGGGUCAUCUGAUGGCUUUAGAGAGGGGAGGUAUGGGACAGCAGGACCAGCAUCAGUCUGAGAGGUUAGAGAUGCUCAAGCUCAGAGCUCUGUCCCUCCGUGCCAAAAGAGAUCAACUCAAACAGCAGACAAACGCCAUCAAGAUCCUUAAAGAUAAAAUCAGCAAAGAUCUUCCUUUACAAGAUGAUGAUGAUGCUGGCGGCUUUAUAGAACUACAGAAGUCUUUGUUAACUGCUUGGAAAUUGCAGUUGAAAGACCUUCAGCGUUCUCAUCACUUAAUUGGUGGCUAUGAUUUGGUGGAGUGUAAGGAAGGGAAAAGUGUGUGUGUUUCUUUUCACACAGCCUUUGAGGGUGUGUAUUUGGACACGUAUAACAUGGAGCUGGAUCUGACGCGCACCGUGCAGAUCUCCCGCCAUAACAUUCCACCGUCAUUACCACUCGAGAGUUUUGCCAAACAGAACUUGCAGAAAGACCUUAAAGCCUUCCUGCAAACCCUCAGCCAGAACCUCAAUGCUUUAGCUGGUCGCAGACAGCAGGUCUCACUUGUCAAGGAACUCGCUGGUUCAGUGGAGGUGAUGGAAAGCAAUCAGUUGUGCAAUAUUCUCGUGCUCAUGUGUACAGCACAAGGCGAGACUCCCAGAGCUGUUUUAUGCACACUGGAGUACGGAGAUCUCACACAAUGUCUCCCAACACGUGUCAGCAUUGAGAGUGAAGAUAAAUCACUUUCAGAAUCUCCACAAUGGAAGAAAAACCAGUCGCUGUUCCUGGAGUCUCCAGCUCAUACGGCUCUCCUGACCAUGAGGAGGAUGGGGAGCAUUGCUUAAGGAAAUGAAUACCUUUUAAUGUAAAUAAUGUCCUAUUAUAGUGAGUUAAAAACCCCACCGCUCUAUUAAUGGGCUCAUAUAACAGAGAGAUGCCACAGAGCUUUUACAUUCAGAGGUAGAUUAGCAUGCAGAUGAGGAAACAAACAACUAUUUAGCACAAUAUAUCGGUUCAAAAUUCCCUUAAUGACACACAAAGUUCAUCUGACAACCACAUGCACAAGCUUACAUUGUUAAAUAUGUUCUAAAGUGCUGAGAAAGCUCUUUAUUUUCUGUCGUAGUUUUUCUCUCUGCAGUUGUUUCAGUCUUUCUUUGUACCAUCGGUAAUACUCUUCCUGAUACAUCAGCUCUUUCUGGGAGAUGCUGUCGAUCAACGCCAGGUCUUUCAGCUGUAGAAUAGAUAGCUGACCAUUCUCCGAAGCUUUGAAUUUUUCUGUGGAUAUCAUAGGUGGAGAUGAAUCAUCUUUCUUGACAGAAAAUAAUGCUGAUUUAGCAAACCUCUGUUGGUUGUCAUCCUCAAAGGCUUUUGCUGAGGAUAGAGCUCUGAAUGCUGGGGCCGAUUUUGAGAAUCGGGUCUCGUGUGCAUCGUUUGCCAUCCUGACCUCAGAUAUGGCCCUCAUCGUGUUGUUUAUUGUUGCGUACGGUUCGCAAACCUUUAAUUGCAGCAGCCG